UUUAAUACAACAGUAUUCAUAUCUGUGACGAAAGAUAACAUUGUUUAUUAGAGUAAAUUAUAGAUAAGAGAUAAGAUUCUCUAUACUACACGUGCUCAGUGCAAUCUAUCGAAAUUAAAAUAUCUCUUAGUACUUUUAUUAUAAUAAUUUUAAUUAUUCAUUAAGUUUAUUUGUCAAUUAUCUGUAGUGUAUAAACAUUUAAAGUAAAUUUAUUGUCAAAAAAAUGGAUACUGAAGAACGAGAUCUUAAAAUGGCUAACCCAGCAUGGGCUGAUGCAAUGAAUAAAAUUUUAAAAACAAAAAAACGAUGUAAAAAAUCAUUAGUGCUAUCCAAAGCAAAGUUAAUUUCUAAUCACCAUGUCAGCAAAAUUAAAGAAGAAGUUGACAACACAGAUGCUUUUGAAGUCGUUAAUGAAGAAGGUGAGAAAAUUGUCCAAUCCUUUGAUUCAGAAGAUAUUAAAGAAGAAAAGCCAGACUUAGAUAACUUGGAACCUAGAAUACCAAAACGAAUUCGGAUUAAAGAACAGGUAUUGAUGGGAAGAAUGAAACCAUCUGUUACUGAUAGAGUAAAAGAAAAAAAUUUAUCAAAAAUUGCUACUAAAGGCGUUGUUCAAUUGUUUAAUAUGGUGAAGCAACAACAAAGAACUGUAGAAAAAUCAUUAAAAAAUAUUGGGUCAUCUAUCAUAAAACAGGAUAAAGUAUUAGAAUCAUUUGAUAAAAAAAAAGUUGUUGAAUCAUUUGAUCAAAAAGAAGAAGCUGGAUGGGAUGUAUUAAGAGAUGAUUUCAUGGGAGGAACUAAAAUUAAAAAUUGGGAUAAAAAAAAUGAAAAUGACUGUGAUCAAGAUCUUAAUUAUUAAGUAUGAUAAUAUUUUCAUAAAUUUUAUCUUUGUUUAUAUUUUAAUUAAAUGGUUAAAAUUAUUUUGUAUUAUAUCUUGUUUUGUAAUUUCAUCCUAUUUUUUUAUUGAAUUUACUUGAUCAUUUUUAUUUUAUUCUUGGUUUGUUUAUUAUCUGAUGUCUCGGAUUGAUUUCAAUAAUAUUCAAUUAUUUGUCAUUUUUAAUUAAAAUUAUUUAUUUAUUUUUAUCCAUAAACAUUUAUAACAAAUAAAUUAUUUUACUUAUAGU